CUACUCUACUCUACAGUACAUCUACUGAACACAAAACCAUCCACCUACCAUCCAGCUACAAUGGCUCAAAGCAAAGAAGUCGUUCCUGCCUGGGAAAUCGAGUUCGUUCAGGAGCUGACCCCGGCUUCGAAGCAGAUCCCCCUGCUGUAUCACCUCUCCUACCUGUGUCUGGCUAAAUUCCCCAAACUAGAGAGGCUGCUGAGGGCGCGAGCUGUGGAGACCCAGAUUCUGUUUGGAGAAUCUGAGGGGAUCUUGUUUCAGUGUAUGGGCACCAGUAAGAACCUGGUUAAAUCACUGUUCCCCAUGCUGAUAGUCGCUGUGGAGAAAAACAAAGCCACGUUGGCUGUUAAAUACCUGAAUAAAGCAGGAACAUGGAUCAAGGAGAUCAUUGACGAGGUGCAGAAGAUGCUGGACAGCUAUAAAAAACACACCAAAGACGUGGGCACGACCACCAGCGACGUCAUCACUGAAAAAGAUGAAACGGAAAAGAAGCUGCAGCAGCUCUCCCAGGAAAUCGAGGAGAUGAAUAAAGGUAAAACCAAGCUCGAUCAGCAGCUGAAUGAAGUCGCCAAAAAGCUGGAAGAGAACGAAAAGCAGACCGAAGCUAAAAAAACUGAGCUUCUGAAUCACGUGAGAGAUGUGACUCAGAAGAGCUCUGGUAUGAGUAUCUUGGGUGUUGUGCCGUUUAUUGGGUCACUUAUUAAGUCGGUUUAUGACACGGCAACCAGCCCCGACGCCGUGACGAAGACCAAGGCUCUUGAGUUAGAACUGAACCAGCUCUUUUGUGACAAGACCUCCCUGAGGACUAAAGAGUGGACUCUUGAACUCAAGCUUAUUGACUGGCAGAUGAAUCUUUCCAAACUGAUGAUAGACCAGGGUGUAAUACCCGAACCUGUCCACCUGGGCGAGGUGCAGCAGCACUUGUCUAAAAUUCAGAACAUCCUGAUGCAGCUUAUCAGGUUCUGGGAGUGGGUCGACAAAGCGCUGAAAACAAUGAGAGACCAAACCUUCACUAAUGAGGACCUUCUUGAGGAGAACGACUCUGACUUGAAACAAAUGUUUAUAGACUCGAUCAAAUCUGCCUCACAGGUCUGGACAGAUUUCGCUGCAGGCUGCUCUGUGUGUGUGGAUCUGUUUAAGGUUCAGAACCUGAAGGCCUACGCUUUUCUGGAGCAGAACCCCUCGUCCCUCACCGAGGAGGAGUGGCAGCGACAGUACGACGCCGUGAGAGCAGAACUGGAGAACGCUAACAAACCUGCCGAGCUCAAAGCCUGCAUAACCAUACAGGAGGUGGAGAACGUUAACAAACCCGCCGAGCUCCCGGCCACAAAACCAUAGAGGAGAUGUGAACCUUCCUCCUCCUGCAACACCUACACACCUACACCUGCUACACGGCUGUGGGAGAGAAUUCUGAUCCAAUCAGAUUCAUCAAUCAAUCAAUCAAUCAAUCAAUAAAGAGAGAAACUAGAA